GAUAGUAAUAAUUGGGCAGCAAAAUUGAUAGUAUUUCACGUCUGCCCUUUCGCCUAAGACUCCAAAACCAUCCUGAUUUUUGCUGUCACCCAAGAGCACCGAACUUCCAACUUCCGGCAGCGUUUUCCGGCAAUCUGGCACCGCCCUUCCUUCUUUCUCAAUCGUUUAGUUCUGGUUCAUUUCUAUUCAUCCUUACCAAGCUUGGGGUGGUUGAAGAAGUUAGGUUUAGGGUUCAAUGAAUUCCGAAGGAUUAGCGAAAGGGGUUGAAGAAUUGAUGCUAAAGGAGAAAGAGAAUGUGAGUGAAUUGCAAAUCACUUGCUUCUCUGAACUCGUCAAUGAAGCUAGCCUCCAUUUUCAGAUCAUUCGCUUUCCCAAACAGAUAUAUGUGUGGAUUGGUUACAUCUCUGCAAAAUUGGGACAAGUGUAUGCAGCAGCUUCCACUCGUCCUAACAAUACGGUAUCUGUAACUUCCAUACUUGGAGGGAAUUCUGAUAAAACAGGUUCUGGCAUUGCUGGUCGAUUAGUGUUAAAGACUGGUCUCAAUAUAGUUAUGGCUUGCAAUAUUCCAAAAAAUAGUCUCAUGGUCGAGAUAGCAGCUGAGAAAAUAUUGAUGCAGAAACUUGUUAGUCUGGGCUACACCAAGUCAAGAUUGGAAGGGACAUCUUUGUAGCAUAGGCUGAUGAUGAGACUUUUUAUGCAUGCAAAACAUGCAUUAUCCCAAUGUUGUUACCUAAUUUAGAAUCCAUGUUAGCUAUUGAAAACUUAAAGCUUUGUUAUUGUACACAAUUCUUAUAAACAAGUGUUUGAUGCGUGUAUGCCUUGUCGAUGUUUGGUGCAUAUCAAUAAGAUCAUUAUUGAAUAUUGAUGUUCCAAAUAUUCAAGGUUCAUUAAUAACAAAUUAGUAAUUUUCUUUUAUGCUUUA